AUGGCGUCCUCAUUACGCUCUCUCCACCAUCUUCCCCGCUGCACGCGACAGCUCCAACGCUUACCCUCACUCAAUGCCUCAAGAUGUCUGCUUCAGCAACAACACCAACAACAGCAACCUCGCUGGCAGCAACAACACCGAUUCCAGUCCCAGUCAAAGGCGGACAUCCACGCCCCCGAUGCCCUCAACCCCAAGCUCAUCUCCAUUGAUGCUUCAACAUUAGAGGUCGAAGAAACGGCCGACCCCAAAGAGCUUGUCCCCCACCACCAGCUCGUCUUUGGCGCCAACUUCACCGACCAUAUGCUGAGCUUGGAAUGGACGGCGAAGGAAGGCUGGUUUCCCCCACGCAUCACACCCUACGGCCCCCUCAGUCUUGAUCCGGCGACGUGUGUCUUCCACUACGGCUUUGAAUGUUUCGAGGGCAUGAAGGCAUAUCGAGGCAAAGACGGCGAGCUCUAUCUCUUUCGCCCGGACAUGAACAUGGCCCGGUUCAACAAGAGCAGCUCGCGCCUUGCACUUCCCAUGUUCGAUGGGAAAAUGUUGAUUGAGUUGAUCAAGAAGUUUGUGCGGUUAGACGAGCGAUUCAUUCCCAAUGACCGGGGCUACUCCCUUUACCUUCGCCCGACCAUGAUCGGAACGCAACGUACGCUCGGAGUUGGUCCCCCGGGAUCUGCCCUCCUCUAUGUCAUCGCUUCCCCUGUCGGCCCCUACUACCCCACUGGCUUCAAAGCCAUCUCCCUCGAAGCAACAACCUAUGCCCUUCGUGCCUGGCCCGGAGGCACCGGCCACUACAAAGUCGGCGGCAACUACGCGCCCUGCAUUGUGCCUCAGAUGAAAGCGGCGGAGAAGGGUCUACACCAGAAUCUGUGGCUGUUCGAAGACAUCGACCCCGAGACGGGCAAACCAGAGCAGUUCGCCACAGAAGUGGGCACGAUGAAUCUCUUCGCCGCGAUUCUCAACAAGCAAGGCCAAAAGGAGCUCGUCACUGCCCCUCUCGACGGCACGAUCCUGCAGGGCGUCACGCGCGAUUCCAUCCUCACACUCGCUCGCGAACGCCUGGCUUCCGAGGGCUGGAUUGUCAACGAACGACGCUUCCACAUGCGUGAACUAGACGAGGCUGCGAAUGAGGGAAGAUUGUUGGAGGUUUUUGGUUCUGGCACGGCAGCAGUGGUGAGCCCAGUGCGGGCGAUAAGUUGGGAUGGUAAGAUGAUUGAAUGCGGACUUCCGGCGAACGAGGAGGCGGGACCUGUGGCGCAGAGGAUGAAGGAUUGGAUUGAAGGCAUCCAGUACGGCGAUGAGCCCGGGCAUCCUUGGAGUGUGAAAGUGUGA